AUGGCGGGCCAGCAGUGGCCCUUACCGGAGCCCCACAAGGGGUGGCUGUUAAAGUCGGACCUGAGGAAGAAGGCGCUCAUAGAGUCGGGGCUGAUCAAGCCUUGGAAGUCAGGGCCGAAGGUGGACAAGAAGCCAGAGCUCAACAAGAAGUGGCUGCUAGGGCCACGGAGGCUGGAACCCUUGCCCCUGGGCAUGAAAUGUAAGCCCUGGUUCAAGGAAAGGGACAGGUUGCCUUCCCGCUAUCUCUCCAGUCAGAACAACAAGCUUGGGAAGUGCCCCACCUCCAUGGACAGCCGGCGGUGGGUAUUUGUGAAGGAGGGAGUGGACGACUUCAGAACGGGCUGUCCAUCUCCUGAAGAUGCAGUGAACCUAGAACCUCCCGAGGAAGUGAACCUAGAACCUCCUGAGGCAGUCCACCCCGAAUCUCCCUGGAAGCUCAACCUGGAACCUCCCGAGGAGGUCAACCUGGAACCUGAAGACCAAGCCCACGUGGAAACAGCCAAGGAGAGUCUCCAGUCUUAUUUAUUCAGUCUGUUUCCUGAGGAAGAGACAAAUGCAGCAUGCACAACGGAUAUCCCCAAAGUUCCUGGGCUCCAAAAAACAAGAAGAAUAGUUCGUGAAUUCUGCAGAUGGAUCGAUGAUAAUUUUGGAGACAUAGGCCUUGAUGAAGAGGACAUCAUGAAACAGUUUGAAAUUGACUUAGAGGUCCCACUCACCCAUAAUACAGUCAAAAUAAAGAAAAUAACCCAGCUUCCUUUGAAUAUAAGGCCCUGCAAACAGCUAGAUGCAAUACAGCAGAGAAAAUUCUCCCUGCAGGAACAUAACUGGGAAAGGAAACUCCGCAAACGACAAGACCCUUAUAAACCCAAACGGGAGAAGAUAAGGUAUGGAGCAUGGUACCUGGACCCCAAAUCCUGGAAAAAGCUGGUCCGUGACCAGCCUUUGCCCGACCCUGAAGUCGUCCCUGACAAGGAAUAUUGGACCUAUCGAAGGCAUCUUGAACCAGACAUUAUUGAUGAACUUUAUGGACCAAUUGCCUUCAAAGAUUUCAUUGUAAGCAAAGGCUACAAGAUGCCAGAUGUGAUUGAGAAGAUGUUUAUGAGGAAGGGAUGGAAAUAUGAGUCUGUGAAGACUCCUAUACACCGAGUAAUGAAACUCCUCUCCAAACCCAAAGAGGAGGAUACAGGGGACGAAGAGGAUUAG